AUGUUUGUGCUUAUAUUUCUCGUUUUGCUGUUGAUAGUUUUAUUGGUAUCCUGGUUGAGUUUUUUUCUAGAUAUGAAACGUACUGAUGUUAAAGGACCUCUACCUUAUCCAUUGAUUGGCAAUGGUCACCUGCUGGCCGUGGAUUCUCCAGAUUUCAUGAAUGUUCUGAGUCGUCUAGAAGAAGAAUACGAUAAAACCGCUUUGAUAUAUCUAUUUUCACAGCGCUAUAUUCUUACAUCAGACCCAAAAUUUAUAGAGGAAGUGGUUUCUAGUACCAAGCUUAUAGAAAAGGGAAGAUCAUAUAAUUACAUAAAACCUUGGCUUGGUGAAGGACUACUGACAUCCUCAGGUCCUAGAUGGAAAGCACAUCGGAAGUUCUUGACGCCGGCGUUUCAUUUCAAUAUUCUACAACAAUUCCUACCAAUAUUUUGUAAAAAUGCAACCAUAUUGGUGGAGAAACUGCGUAAUAUUGCCGUAAAGGAUUCUUCAACAGACUUGUUUCCUAUCAUAGCUUUGGCUGCCCUUGACAAUGUAACUGAAUCUAUAAUGGCUGUAUCGUUUGAUGCACAAGGUGACACUGAGUCUAAAUUCGUGAAAGCUGUAGAUGCCAUAUCUACAAUAGUAUCAAAGAGAAUGCGUAACCCUUUUUUGGACUUGGUAUUCCCCUUGACAUCACACAAAACGAAACAAGACAAGGCAUUGAAAAUUCUUCAUGGUCAAACUAUAAAAAUUAUAAAAGCUCGUCAAGAAGAAUUGCAGAAAAUGAACAUAUCAGAGCUGGCAUUACAUUCUGAACAUGGAAUUAAAAACAAACACACUUUUCUAGAUUUGCUUCUUUUAGCAGAAGUAGAUGGUAAGAAAAUAAGUGACCAGUGGAUCAGGGAAGAAGUUGAUACAUUUUUAUUUGAGGGACACGAUACAACCACUUCUGGUAUAACGUAUUGCCUUUACUGUCUUGCACAGAAUCAAGAUAUCCAAGAAAAAGUUUAUCAGGAGCAAAAAGAUGUUUUCGGAAAUGAAUUCCAUAGGAGUCCAUCUAGCAAUGAUCUGCAACAAAUGAAAUAUUUGGAUCUUGUAAUAAAAGAGUCUCUACGAAUAUUCCCAUCUGUACCGCUAGUCCAACGAUACGUUGCGGAAGACACGGUUAUAAAUGGAUUGCGUGUACCAAAAAAUAGUUCGAUUGUGCUGGACUUCUUCAAUAUGCAACGUGAUUCAAGUGUAUACGAAAACCCAUUAGAAUUCAGACCUGAAAGAUUUGAGAAUACUGGCAGGAACCCCUUCACGUGGCUACCGUUCAGCGCUGGUCCAAGGAAUUGCAUUGGUCAGAAAUUCGCAAUGAUGGAAAUGAAAGUGACGAUAUCGGAAAUUAUAAGGAACUUCAAAAUUCUCCCAACGGGUCAAGAGCCAAUAUUAGUAGCGGAUCUUAUACUCCGUUCUUUAGACGGUGUUAAAUUAAAAAUUGUGCCCAGGCUAUGA